UUAACGAAAAAAAAAAAAAGGACACGUUUGAGCUUUGAAGCAUAUGAAGCAGUAUCGGCUAUCAUUAUCAUUACCAACACUAAUUGCGGGUGAUCAAAGUGGAGAGUAGUUGUGCAGAAAAACAAAAAACACGGCUUUGUUCCGUUCCUAAAUCUUGUUCAACUCCGAUUCCAUAUUUCCGUGUCGAAAGUUGUUUACCCUCCAUUUCUAUACAGACAUACAGUAACUGUAAGAGCGUACGAUUACCAUUAACAUAAUUGGUGAGUUUGUGAGAUGGGGCAAGAGAACCUCUCAGCUCACAAGAGAAGCAGCGCCGCCAACGCCCUUCCAACCACCAACGGCCGAGCACGCUCCGCCCCCCGUGGCCGCCAGAUCCAGAAGACCUUCAACAACAUCAAGAUCACCAUCCUCUGCGGUUUCGUCACCAUCCUUGUCCUUCGCGGCACCAUCGGCGUCAACCUCUCCUCCUCCGACGCUGAUGCCGUCAACCAGAGCCUCAUCGAGGAGACCAACCGCAUUCUCGCUGAGAUCCGCUCCGACUCCGACCCCGACGACAACGACACCUCUUUCAGCCACAACACCACCGCCGCCUUCUCCCUUGGCCCCAAGAUCUCCGAUUGGGAUCAACAACGCCAACAAUGGCUCCAGCAAAACCCUGAAUACCCUAGUUUCGUGAGAGGUAAAGCUCGAAUCUUGCUCCUCACUGGUUCACCUCCAAAACCCUGUGACAACCCAAUUGGUGAUCAUUACUUGUUGAAGUCGAUUAAGAACAAAAUUGAUUACUGUAGAUUGCACGGGAUUGAGAUUGUGUACAAUUUGGCGCAUUUGGAUAAGGAACUUGCUGGGUAUUGGGCCAAAUUGCCAAUGAUUAGAAGGUUGAUGUUCUCACACCCUGAGGUGGAGUGGAUUUGGUGGAUGGAUAGUGAUGCUUUCUUCACUGACAUGGUUUUUGAGCUUCCUUUGUCUAAGUAUGAUGAUUACAAUUUGGUACUUCAUGGUUACCCUGAUUUGUUGUUUGAGCAGAAGUCUUGGAUUGCUGUGAAUACCGGCAGCUUCUUGUUUCGGAAUUGCCAGUGGUCUUUAGAUUUGCUUGAUGAUUGGGCUCCCAUGGGCCCCAAGGGUCCAGUGAGGGAGGAGGCUGGUAAGGUCUUAACUGCGAAUUUGAAGGGUCGCCCGGCAUUUGAGGCCGAUGAUCAAUCUGCAUUGAUAUACCUUUUGUUGUCCAAAAAGGAGAAGUGGAUGGAUAAGGUUUUCCUUGAGAAUUCUUACUACCUGCACGGUUACUGGGCUGGCUUGGUUGACCGGUAUGAAGAGAUGGUUGAGAAGUACCAUCCCGGAUUAGGAGAUGAGAGGUGGCCUUUCGUGACACAUUUUGUGGGAUGUAAACCUUGUGGGAGCUAUGGAGAUUAUCCUGUUGAGAGGUGCCUCAGUAGUAUGGAGAGGGCUUUCAAUUUUGCUGAUAAUCAGGUGCUCAAGCUCUAUGGUUUCCGUCACCGUGGCUUGUUGAGCCCUAAGAUCAAGAGAAUAAGAAAUGAGACAGUUACUCCUUUGGAGUAUGUAGAUCAGUUUGAUAUCAGAAGACAUUCUACAGUGAGCAGUGAAUCAAAAAGCCAGUGAGAAAAACCUGUUUUGAUAAUGGUAUUUUUAUAGGCAGCAAUUAGAAGUGGUGUUGUUCUCUUUGGUGACACAGUUCACAUGUUAACUUGUGCUUGUUUAACUUUGAUACCUCCUCUGAGAAUGAUAGCAUCUAAUUCUUUCAUAGUCUAUUUUUUUCCUUUCUGUUGUGUUUGAGCAAUCAGCAAACAGAAUUUAUUUGGUGAUCUGGUGUAUACUUGACUUUGUAUUUUUCACUUGUGGAGCAUGAAUCGAGAAGUUUAAGAGAUAUUUGCACUUCC